AAUGAAAGAAAAGAAAAGAAGAAGAUAAGAGAAAGUUGACUAUGUCACGACUUCACUCAUUUUAGGGAAGCAGGAAGGUAGUAACUCCAGCAAUUUAUCAACAACCAAAAAAUGAGUUCAGGAGAGAUGUCCAUGGAUACAAUUAUGGAAGAUGAAGAUUCCUUUGUUUCUAAUACAAAUGCAAUCAUCUAUGCUGCUUCUGAUAUUUCAGGCUGGACUCACAGUUUGAUCUCUGAUAAUAAUAUUACUAAUUCAUCGUCUUCUGCCAGUGUAGACGAACGCCACCAGCAGCAGCAGAUUUCUACUGCUGCCGGUGGUGCUGGUGAUUCGAUGAAUGUAUCAUCAAGUGCAUCUUCCAGCUGGUUUAAGAAUAAUAAGCAAAUUGAUGAUCAGCAACAGAUUAGGAUAUUUAAUGUUGAUUUCAGGGCACUUUCCAAUAGAUCUUAUUUUCGUAGCCCUUUAUUGGCGGAUACUGGUAGGACAGUGAACGAAGAAACUAGAGUUAGGCUUGUGAAUACGUUAAUGGCUUGUGCCGAGGCGAUCCAAGAGAACAACCUAAGUCUAGCGGAUGUACUAAUCAGUGACCUAAGGAGAUUUACACUUUCACAAAUUGGAGGAGCAAUGAAGAAAGAGGCCACUUAUUUUACAGAAGCUUUGUAUAAUAAGAUUCACAGAACGAAUCCGGAAGAUGUUGAAUCAUCCUAUUCCAAGGACCAAGUCUUGAGUAUAAGCUUAUACGACAGCUGCCUCUUCCUCAAAUUCGCCCACGUAAUUGCCAAUCAAUCCAUUUUGGAGUCCUUCGCCGAUUACAAGAGAGUACAUGUAAUUGAUUUCAGCUUGAAUCAAGGUUCACAAUGGCCGGCACUUUUACAGGCUCUCGCUUUGCGUCCUGGCGGUCCCCCUGCUUUUCGGCUCACAGGAAUUGGUGGCCACUCCCAGCCUGAUGACAGUGAUGAUGCCUUACAGGAAGUUGGUUUGAAGCUUGCCCAACAUGCGGAGUCAUUUGGUGUAGAAUUUGAAUUCCGUGGAUUAGUGGUCCAUACUUUAGCUGAUCUUGAAGCACCAAUGUUGAAUAUUAGACCCAGUAAUGUGGAAGCAGUGGCUGUGAACUCUGUUUUCAAGCUUCACCGCCUGUUUUCCAUUCCAGGAGCAAUUGAGAAAGUGCUGGAUUUAAUAAAACAAAUAGAGCCGAAGAUUGUGACCAUCGCCGAACGAGAAGCCAAUCACAAUGAGAGUGUCUUUAUGAACAGGAUUAACCAAGCAUGGCACCACUAUGCAACAAUGUUUGAUUUACUGGAGAACUCAGAGUGGACUAAGUUCAGCACUAUGGAGAUUGCGGCGGAGCACCUAGGGCGGGAGAUCUAUAAUUUGGUGGCUUGCGAAGGGACUAAGCGAGUUGUGAGACACGAGACGUUUGGUCAAUGGCGAGUGAGGUUUAACUCUGCAAGGUUCAACCUGGUUCCACUGAGUUCAAAUACGUACAGAGGCGCAGACAUGUUAUUGACCUUCUACACAAACGGAAAGAGAUACAGAGUAGAAGAAAAAGAUGGGUGUCUUAUGUUGAGUUGGCAUAGUCACCCGCUCAUCACCACAUCUGCUUGGCGCGGCUAUGUCGCCUAGUCUAGGGAGUCAGUCAAUGGGUGAGGUUGCUCUGCACCCGUCCUGGAAAAGCUUGAUACUCUGAGGAGGUUGCUCUGCAGCUGUCCUGCAUCAUACAAUGCGUAGUUUUAUAUGUUACUCUUCUUCUUUAAAUGUUUACAGAUAUAUGUAUCAGACAAUCCAAAUUGAUAACCUUUGUAAGAUAGUUCUUUUCUUUGACCUCACUGUUAUUGAGAGGAUGUCCACAGUAGCCAUUAAAUUCAAUAACGCACAGGACAUAGUCGGGUAAGAUUUGAAUAUACUCUACUCUCAUCAUAUCAAGACUCUGCUUAUGGACUAGACUUAUUAUUUUUGUUGAGGGUAGCACCUGUAUGUUCCUCCUUUAUGUCAUAUUCAAAACUUGUACUAUGAUUGUCUGUCCUGUAACACUAUUGUCUAUAUUUAAGUUUUUUCUUA